CGUCUCCAUGGCGAGAGGCGCGUCCCGCCGCGCGCACGCGCAAUGGAGGGGAGAGGCGGCUGCAGGCGGCGAGAGCCCAUGGGGGGCGCUCUGAGCAGCCAUGUGGGUCCCAGAGGCCAUGAGGAGAGGCCACCGCUCUGGGUCCAGGGUGAGGAGCCCCUGCCUGAGGAGAGGCUCCCGUACAGCGGGGAGACGCUUGCAACCACCACCAAGAGGCUCCGGGAGAUGUCAGAGAUAGCCGAGCCGCCCUGGGAGAUGUCAGAGAUAGCCGAGCCGCCCCAGGAGAUAGCAGACACAGAUGAGCUGCCCACUGUGCCCCUAUCAGCCGUGCCCAGCAAGGUGCCAUCCCGAGAGAUUAGGAGGAAUCCCUCUGAGAUCAAGCUGCCUCCCUGGCUUGGAAAGUGGGGGACUGGCUCCGAGGAGAAGUCCUCCGCCACACUGCCGGCGCUGCCGCCCACCCCAUCCACGCCAGCAGAGAAGCCCAGCCAGGCGGUGCCCCAGCGGAGCUGUGUGACCCAUGACUGGCAGAAGGAGGUAGUCGUGGAUCCCCUGGACUCUCGGCCAAGGAAGGAUUUGGGCAGUGAGGACUUACAGCGUGGCUACGAUGGACUGCCAAUCCACCAAUUUCUCUCCUCAGUCACUGACAGCGCCCCCCCGAAGGACUGCCCAACCCUCAGGGCUGUGCUGCUGGGGCAAGGGCAGCGGAAGGCCGCAUUGGCAUCCAUGCUCUUCAAGAAAUACAGCAAGGAGACGGAGGAGGAGAUUCGGCCCCGCCCAAAGCGCAUGGAAUCUAUCUCCACCACGCAUGAUGACUACUGUGCCAUGGGCUUCCAGUCCACACCCCAGCCCAUCACCCAGCGUCACGAUUACUUAACGGAGCAGCCAAGCAGCUUCUGGAUGGAGCAAGCCCGUGGACGGCCGGUAAGGCUCCCACCACCCUGUCCUGCCAGUACCCUGGGACUCUCAGCUGCUGAAAGAGAUCUCUCCAAUUCUCUCCUCUCCAGGGUGUCACUGCCCUCUUCGGCACAAACAUUCCCUUCAAGAGGAAUGCAGACUUCUCCACUCCCAUUACCAUGUACUUAGGGCAUCCUGAGCCCUUCAACCUCUAUGACCCCUAUGACCCCCCGAGCAGACAGCUCCAGCCCCACAAGUAAUAAAAAA